AUGCUUUUCGCGCUGUUCGUCGUCAUCGUCGUCGGCGUCAUACCCGGUGCCGCUCAAGACAUGGCGCGGCCGCUACCGAGGAUGGAUGUGUGGUACUACAUCCAGAAAUACUUGAGGCCGUGGUGGAUGCAGUGGCUGCUGACAGUUUUGAUCUUCGUCUCCUUCCUCAUCUUGUCUCAGCUCAGCUGGUUUAUGCCGCCGGACCGCAAUGGCCUAGAUCAGUCCAUGCGGCGGCGGUAG